UAAGAGCUGUAUUUCGAAUGUUGUGGCCUUUCUUUAGAAAAGGUGCAUGGGUAGGACGCUGCUCAAAUAUACCGUUGAGUUUCUUGAAGACGAAACAGUCGUUCUUGAUAUCAGACUGCUGAGCUGGGUUUUUGGCAGAUCAGGAGCUUCUAGGUUUUUCAACCUGUUAUCUAAUAUAAAUCAGAAGAUGCUUAUAUACAUGAUACCUGCAAUUGUGUUCCUGAGCACCAUUUCAUCAAAGAUUGUAGCACUGAUCGUGAAGUUGCUGCGGCCGAGCGAGUCGUGUUCGCAGGCCGAGCUUCGCCGUCAGAUCCGCGAGCUGAAAGCCCGGCUCGCCUCACUCAGCAUGGUGGACGAAUUUGUCGCCUAUGCUAGGCUGGAGCGCCAGCUCAAUAAACUGCAAGGAGAUUUUAAUGCCCUGGCGUCUCAAAGCCGGAAUAGUGAGCUCAAACUGAGGCUUCUGAUUACGACAAUCAGCCACUGCAUGACGGGCGCCGCCAUGCUCUACGUGCUGUACGGCCACGGCUCCGAGCCGGUGCUGCAGCUGCCGGCGACGGCCCUCUUUCCGCUCGGCUACCUGCUGGCCGUGCCAGGCUGCGCGCCCGGCGGCGUCAGCGUCGCCUCCUGGAUCAUCGUGUCCAACAGCGUGGUGCGGCGCGCCGCGGCCGCGCUCAUCUAGUGGUGACGUCACCGCUGGGAUGGUCGGUGCUGGGAUGAUGACAUCGUUACGAGUGCUGUGUCCGACAUUGGUGCGACGGACCGUGCCCGUAUGCGUGCAGAGAUAACGCCCACAAUGGUGUUUUGUUGUCGUGGCAAUGACGUCACCUGCGAGAUAGUCGUGUUCAAGAGAGUGGUGGCCGGGUGGAGCGGACCAUCGCCGCUUGGGGUGGUCAUGACGUCAUCACCACGGUCACCGUGUAGACUGUACGACGCCGUGGUGCAGAGAGCCGCGGCCGCGCGGUUGGAGCAGCGCCUUGGUGCCGAUCCCGCCGCCGGGACAAUCAUGUACAUCGGCCGGACGCGGCGGGGCAUGCCUGCAUUGUUGUCUUGAUAAUGUAGCGCUGACGUCACGGCAUGGAUCACGACCUGGAGCUGUGUUGAUGUCAACCGGCGGAGAGGCCGCGGGGCUGGGCUGAUGUCGACCGAUGGAGUGACUCCGGUGAUGUGCUGAUGUGGACCGGCGGAGAGGCCGCGGGGCUGGGCUGAUGUGGACCGGUGGAGUGACUCCGGUGAUGUGCUGAUGUGGACCGGCGGAGAGGCCGCGGGGCUGGGCUGAUGUGGACCGGUGGAGUGACUCCGGUGAUGUGCUGAUGUGGACCGGCGGAGAGGCCGCGGGGCUGGGCUGAUGUGGACCGGUGGAGUGACUCCGGUGAUGUGCUGAUGUGGACCGGCGGAGAGGCCGCGGGGCUGGGCUGAUGUGGACCGGCGGAGUGACUCCGGUGAUGUGCUGAUACGGACUGGCAGGAAGUGUCGUCCGGAACGUACGUUGCGCUUCAACCCAACGUAUUUUUCAUGUAGUAUGUCCUGUAUUCCCUUGCCGUAAAAAGUCCUCGCCAUGUCUAACCUUUGGGCUUUCAACGUGGUUCCGCCAUGAAUUAUUUGCUAUCAGAUAAUGAAAGCCGAAUGUGA